AUGAAGCUAGGGCUGGAGUCGAUAACGAUCCACAACUUCAAAAGCUACAGGGGGACCCAUGUGAUCCGGGGUCUGGACCCGAAGUUCACUGCAAUAGUCGGCGCGAAUGGGUCAGGAAAGAGCAACAUAAUAGACAGCAUUCUCUUUGUUCUUGGGUUCCGAGCAAGGAGGAUGCGGCAUUCUUCGCUUGCAGACCUGAUAUACAGCGGGGACGGCAAGGAGGACAUGUGCUUUGUGGAGCUGGGAUUUAACAAGUUCCGCAUAAGACGGGAGGCGUAUCUGUCGGGGAGAGCCAGGUACCUUGUGGAUGGGGAGGAGGUGUCUUCUGCAGUUGUGAUGUCUUUGCUGAGCAGCGAGGGAGUUGACAUGGAGCACAACAGGUUUCUAAUCUUGCAGGGGGAGAUUGAGAAUGUUGCAACAAUGAAGCCCAUGAACGAUGGACUGCUUGAGUAUUUAGAGGAUGUGAUUGGGACGAGUGGAUACAAGGAGGACAUUGAGAAGGGGGAGUCUGAGCUUCUUCGAAUUUCUGAGGAAUACGAGGGCAAGUCUACUGCGCUGAAGUUCUAUUUGAAGGAGUUUGAGCACAUUGAGAGAAGGAGAGAGGAAAACCUGAGGAUGGCGCAGAGAAAGGCUGAAUGUCUUUGGAUGGAUCGGGACUUGCAGCUUCUUUUUUCGGAAAGAAGUAGGAGACGGCUGGAUGGGUUUGUCGAGGAGAGGAUGGGGAUUGAAGAAGGCCUUAAGGAUCUUGCAAGGAAGAACAAGGAGAAUGGAAGCAGAGUUGAGCUCCUGGAAAGAAAGGGGCAGAGGGCAAGAGAAAAGGCUCAAGAGGCCUCUGAGAGGUUUUUGGGAGCAAGAAGAGAGUAUCAGAAGGUAGAGAGGAAGAAUAGGGCUAUGGAAGAGGAAAGAGAUCGUCUGUUGAGGGGCAUUGAAGAGCUGAGUAAGGAGAUUGAGGAGGCCAGACGCACGGAAGAUGCUCGGAGGAAGAUGGUCAGCGGAUAUAGUGAGGAGAUUGAACAGAACAUGUCGGAGAUUUCGAAAUGCAACGGCCUGGCGGAAAGGCUUCGGAGAGAGCUUUCUGAUGAGCAAGAGAAGAUUGACAGAGAGGCUCUGAAAAUCGUUGAGGAGAUCAGGAUAGAAGAGGAGAGAAUGAUGAAGCUUCUUGCGAGAAAAGGGGAGGUUGCAGAGAGGCAUCGGGACUCUGAGUCCCGGUUGGGGAUUCUGCUGUCAAGAAAGGAGGAGGUUCUGAGAAAGACAGAGGAGGUUUCUGGUAAGCUGUUGAGGAUUGACGAGGGAAAGAUAGGCGUGGGAAGGACAGAGGAGGUCAUUGAAAGUGAGAUUAGGGAGAUUGAGAAGGAUCUAGCCCAGACGCGGAAGGAGAUGGGCAGAAGGAUGCAGAGGGCAGAGGAGUACAAAGAAAACGAAGAGAAGAGCAGCAAGGAGAGCGAGAUCCUGAAGAGCAUUAGAGGUGUGAAGGGGGUUUAUGGAAGGCUGAGUGAUCUAGGGGGAGUGGAGUCCCGGUACGACCGAGCAUUUAGGGUAGCAGGGAAGGGGCUGAGCAGCAUAGUUGUUGACACCACAUGCACUGCCGAGGAGUGCAUUUCCGUUAUUAAGAAGUUAGGGCUGGGGCGUGCCACAUUCAUAAUACUUGAUAGGAUUUCUGAGGUGCCUGUGCUUCCAAGGGAGUCUGUUCCCUACAUGUACAGUCUUAUUAGGUGCGGCGAGGAGUUCCGAAAGUGCUUCUAUUUUGCCCUGAAAGACACGCUGGUGUGUGAUGGGCUGGAGCAAGCUGAGAGACUUGCCUUUGGAAAGCAGAGGAAAAGGGUUGUGACGCUUGAUGGAAAGCUCAUUGAAAAGAGCGGAGUGAUGAGCGGAGGAAGGGGAUGUGGGCGGAUAAAGAGCACUGAGGAGCUUGAGAGGGCAUGCUCUAGGAUGAUGGAGCUGAAGAGGGUGAAGGCUGAAGAGUUGGAGGUGGUCAGGGCCCUGAGAGAGAGAGGGGAUCUGUUGAAGAUCCGUGAGAGACUCGGCUCUGAGCUGAAGGAUGUAUGCAGUGAGAUUGAGAAGAUGGACAAGGAGGUCGACAGGAAGGAGGUUGAGGAGAUUGAGAGGGAGCUUGGAGAUGCCAAGGAAAGGGUGUCUUCCCUGAGGGCGGUGAUUGAAAGCCUUACCGAUGUUGAGACUCGCAGGAAGAGAGAGGAGCUCCGGAGCCUCGGCGAAAGAAUUGAGAUGUUUGAGAGAAGAAAUCUUGAGCUGAGGGUACAGAUUAGCAACUGGACAGAAGCCGGGAUUCAGGGCAAGGAGCAGGAGCUUGAGAGAAAGAGAAGAGACCUUGAGGGGAUUUUGAUUGAAGAUGUCUCUGGGCUUAGAAGUAGGAUGGUUGAGUGUGAAUGUGAGUACAAGGAGAGUGCCGAGAAUCUUAAGGAAAUACUGAAGGAGCUCGCGGAUGUAAAGUCCGCACUUGGAAAUGACUACCACAUGGAGAUUGACCUCAAAAACAGGCUUGACGGUGUGUGUGACAAGGCCGAGGAGUGUGGCAGACAGAUUAAGGAGAGCAGGGCCAAGAUAAUGCUUCUUGAGGGCGAGGCUCAGAAGUAUGUGGGGAUAUGCAAUGUCGAGACCCGCGAGAUGAGCUCGCUCGGGGAAAUGAAGGAGGAAGAGAUUGACAAGGUGAUGGAGAGGAUCAGUGCAGCGGCAGCAAGGAUGAGGAAGGAGGGGCUGGGAGAGGUUGAUUUUGAUGUGUUUGUAGACUACGAGAAAAGCAGGGGAGAGUACCGGAAAGCAAAGGAGGAGUAUGAAUGGUUUGGGCUAAGGCUUAAGGAAACAAAGGAGAUGCUUGAGGGCCUGAAAAAAAGGCGGUUGGACGAAUUUAUGGAAGGCCUUCGGGAAGUCUCAUCCAACCUCAAGGAGAUCUACAAGACGAUUACAUAUGGAGGAAAUGCAGAGUUGGAGCUUGUUGAUCACCUUGACCCGUUCAGCGAAGGAGUGAUUUUGAGCGUAAUGCCACCCAAGAAAAGCUGGAAAAGCGUUGGAAACCUGAGCGGAGGAGAAAAGACGCUUAGCAGCCUUGCACUUAUUUUUGCGCUUCACAAAUACAGGCCAUCGCCGUUCUAUGUAAUGGACGAGAUAGACGCUGCUCUGGACUACAGGAAUGUGAGUGUUGUAUCGAACUUCAUAAGGGAGAUGUCUGAGACAGCGCAGUUCCUUGUGAUAAGCCUGCGAAGCGACAUGUUCGAGCUCAGCGAGACUCUACUCGGAGUGUACAGGACAAACAACGUCUCACAGUCCCUUGUUGUAAGCAUAAGCAAGCUUGGAGUGAAAUAA